AUGACAGACGAGCUCGAAGCACGGCUUAAAAGCCAUGCACGUGCCUUUGACAGUCUAUUGUCUCUCAUCCCAGCGAAGCUAUACUAUGGGGAGGAUGUCAGCGAUCAAUGGCAGCGAAAAAAGCAGACCCCCGAACAAAAAAGAGCCGCGAAGAUGGCCAAGCUAGACCCAGACAACUGGAAAAGCGCCAAAGAUGUCAUGGACGAAAGGGCUGCUACUGUUGCGCUAAAAAGAAAACGAGAUGAUGGCGACGAAUCUCAAGAUGACAAUCAAGAUAUCGGGACCUCGCCACACCCCGAAAACCUCGAGCCUCCCAAGGCAGCACAAGCCGCAAAGAUUCAAAAACACAAGAAGCAGAAGCUCGAUACAAAGAUGGGGAAACAGGCACAACCGCAACCUCAACAAACCGAGACUGAGGAGCAGAGGAAAGAACGAAAAGCUCUGCAGAGAGCAGCAAAACGAGAGCGUAAGCAGGAGAUCAAAGCCAAAAGCAAGGCUAAGUUCGAAAGGCAACAAGAAAAGAAAAAGCAAAAAGUCGAGCGCCAUGAUCAGGCCGGGCCCAAUCUUCAAGAAGACGAUUUAAAGUUGAAAAUUCCUCUCGAUCUAGCAGUCGUCCCUGCAGCCAAAAAUACAGUUCCUGACGAUCAAGUAUCUACGGCCUCAUCAGGGACCGACCAUCAAGAAGUCUUCUCCCCACCCCAGGAAUCAGCCACAUCUUCGACAUCAUCAAUAUUGCCUAUACCAGACAACACCCCUAAAAUAAUUGCUGCGGCCGAGACAAACUCCAACGCUUUGACAAGCAAUCCAGCCGCAGGCACUCCACGUGAGAGACUACAGGCCGCCAUUCAACAGCUGAGAACGGACCGUAAAGCUGGAGGUACUGAUGGCCAAGCCCCCAAAUCCCGACAAGAAUUACUGGAUCAACGACGACGGAAAGAAGAGGAACGAAAAGUCGCGAAGAAAGAACAGAAGCGGAGAGAAAAGGAAGAAGAAGCACGACGUCAGGAGGAAGAAAUUGCUCGUCGCUUUUCUCCUGGUGGGUCUGGCUCGUUGCUCGCAUCACCUCGAUCGCCCAUUGUCGGUGAUCUGGCUUCGAUUUCGAGUAACAACAAUAGUUUCAGCUUUGGGAGAAUCGCCUUUGACGACGGCACUCAAGUCGAUCCCUCAAUCUCUGGAUUUCUCGACCAGCACAAAGCAAAAGGCCCUAAGGAUACUGCUUCAGCACUGAAAGCAGCACAAAGCAAGAAAAGCAGGUUGGCCAGCCUGGACGAAACGAAGCGCAAGGAGAUUGAGGAGAAAGAUAUGUGGCUCAAUGCAAAACGACGUGCUCAUGGAGAUCAUGUUCGCGAUGACACCAGUUUACUGAAGAAGGCAUUGAAGAGACAACAGGGUCAGAAGAAGAAGAGUGAAAAGGAAUGGACCGAUAGGCUUGCGGGCGUACAGAAAUCCCAGGAGAUCAAGCAGAAGAAACGAAACGACAACCUGUCAAAGCGAAAGGAUGACAAAAAGUCCGGUGGCAAAGGGAAAAAAGUGAAGCGGCCAGGAUUCGAGGGCAGCUUCAAGGGGAGAACGGGAGGAAAGAAGAAGUAG